AUGGCGACGCAGGUCCCAAUCGAACCCCGCAAGCUAAGGCGAACUGCGAACGCAUGUAUUGCUUGCCGUCAGAGCAAAAUCAAGUGCUCCGGCAAAGAACCGUGCGCCAACUGCCAGCGGCGGGCUGUGAAAUGCCGAUUUGUGGAAGGAAGCAACAAGAUUACAGUGACGGAAAGUCAUGUUGGCUCCAGUUACCUCCAACAACUGCGACGCCAGGCGAAGGAGCAUCAGAGUCCAACGGGGACCAAACGGUCUGCUGAUACAGCUUUUGAGCCCGUAGUCGACACCGACAAUGUGUCUCAAGAGCCGGUUUACCCUCAACCGGAGGAACCGUUUUUACCUCCGAAAACGAUUGACCAUGCACGCAGCAUCUGGACAAGCCCGUUUACUUUACCCUCGAGAACCAUUAAGAAUACAUAUAAGAACAAACGGAACUGGAUUUGGCUAGCUCCUACAUCAGUGUGGUCGUUUACCGCACGGCUUAGUGUGAUGUUGUCUGAGAAACUACAACUUGCAUCUCCCUAUACGACCCCGAGCUUUCUUGACAAAGACAUAUAUCCACUACAGUGGAAGCAGGCGACAGCUGAGGGCCCUCCUGAUAUUAGUGGUUUGCCCUCAAUCGAUCACGCGCUCUAUCUAUUUAACACGGUUAAGUUUCACCUUGGCGUGAAAUAUCGCUUCUUUGAUGAAGAUAAUUUCUUGGCACAUAUACACGAAUUUUAUGAAGGGAAGGCCGCUGAGAAGGCUAAUGAAUCUCGCCUUUGGUUCGUCCAGUUCUUACUCGUUCUAGCAUUUGGGAACGCUUUUCUCUUGCAGUCCAGGAACAUCAAAGACCCGCCCGGCUCCAAGUUCUUCGUACGAGCAAUGGCACUUAUGCCAGACCACGCAUCUCUGUGGAAGGAUAGUUUGUUAGCAAGUGAGACGUUGGCGUUAGCUGGACUCUACUUAUAUUCCAUUGAUCAUCGAGAAUCAGCGCACGUAUACGUCGGCCAAGCGAUACGAAUAGCUCAGUUAGAAGGCUUGCAUACCGAACUUCCCGAAGAAGAACUAGGCGCAGCGACCGUCACCCGGUGUCGCAACCUCUGGUGGACCUUAUAUAUCAUGGAUCGCCAUCUCUCCUCAUCUUUAGGGCUACCCAUGACGACACAGGACAGCGAUAUAACUACUUUGAUCGACCCACCCAGCACAUGCUCGCAACGAGAUGUUACUCUAAGUCUACAAAUCAGAUUGUCACAUCUGCUAUCUUCAAUAUUGACCUCCAUAUACAAGAAUGAGAAAACACAAUUAGGCACGUUCUUGGAAUCGACCAGAUCUAUUUUGCACACGAUGGCCGGUCAUGCGCAAGAGAUUGAGAGCAUCAUUCACAUGCAGGUUCAAAGUUCGGUAGAUACGAUGCCCAAAGGGACACGGCAUAUCACCUUGCUAUACCACCAGUGUGUUAUUGUUGCAACACGACCUCUCCUCCUCUCGGUGCUCAAGGAAAGAUUAGACAAACUAGAUCAUGGAGAGGAAGAUUGGCAAAACUUUCUUGCUCCUACAAAGAGUUUAAUUUCGACAGGGAUCAAAUCAGCUGCAAAGACACUCCAAAUCCUUACAGAUGAAGACAGCCUCCUCGAGGUCUUCCUUCCUUUCGAUCUGGAAUUCACCUACGCGGCGGCAAUCCAUCUAGCGAUGGCAAAUACACUGUUUCCGCACGUGGCUGAAGGCCAAACAUACAGUGAGGAGGUACAUGCGAUUCUGGACGAGAUGAUCUACAAAGGCAACAAGUUGGCUGCAGUUCGGAAGGGCGAGCUCGCACAUCUAGAAACACUGUUCAAAGAACUGGCGACACGGAUCGAGCGGCGUGGGUUGCAGACUUUAACAUUAUCCAGUCCAACGGAGAACGAGCAGCCCAUGUCCGGCAACGGAGAAUGCCAAGUAGGGGGGUCAACGGUACAGACUGAGUCAAUCGAUCUGCCUCUGGUUGAAGACCCAAGCGUUUCGCCCGAUGUUCUUCAGCACACAGCCAGCGACAUAGAGUUCCUUGACAAUAUUGGCAUAUCAUCGUAUGAGUUUCUCACCAUCGUCAACCAAAUUGGCAAUUCGGAUAACUAUAGCCUAUUGGACCCUGCACAAGCCUGGUGA